CACGCGCCGCCUCAUUGCCCAAUGAAGUAAUGUAUUGUGAUGUGAAUUUUUCUUUCUUUCUUCCCUUAUAGCUCUACUAUUGGUUUUGAUACAACUGAUCAACCUCAAAUACAUGGCAGCGGCUGUAUUUCGUUGUAUGGGUAGGAUAUUAGUCCGACAGAAAGCUCCGACGGGGGUUGUUUCGACCGAAAAAGCUGGCGUUAACACUCCUUGGUUUACUGCGACGAUGACACUAAGGACGUCUGCUCCUCUCAGUGCGGAGCCCAAGAAGAAGAAGAAAGUGGACCCCAGAAGAGAGCUGAUGAUGAGGGAGAGGCUGAAGAAGAAGCUGAAGAAGUUGGAGAGGGUUCCACCUGAGUUCAUCCCCAUCGAGGACUUUGUCACUCCAGCUAAAUGUUUGGAUGAAACCAGGGUCCGCUCCGCUCCCAGGCUGUCUUUCGAUGAAAGCGAAAGCCGAGCUCUGCUGCUGAAGGAGUGGUGUCGAUACAAACACGAGCAACACUUGGCUGAGAUGCAAGCCAUCGAGCUUGCCCUGGAAUCCCAGAAGGAGGCGUUGGACGAGCUCAAAGCUGAAUCUGAGGAGCUUUACCAAGCGGCACUGAAGCCAGACCCCCUCCUGUUUCCUUUCUCCCACAAGGGCCCCGUAUACACGCCGCCAAAGACCAACUACGAAGCGCCUGAUGGGAAGUACACUGAUGUCACGAAAGUCUACACACAGUGAUGAGCUGUGUAUGUUUUUCUUGUGUAUUUUUUGUUUUUUAUGGCGACAACAAGAACAGAUUUCAAUUGCUAGAUCAACAAAACAUUUUUAAUGAUGCAAUAAAUAUGCCGGUUUAAAACAAAUGAAAAUCUGUAAAUGUUUGUUGUAUUUGACAGUGUAAAUGGCAAGUUUCUCAAAACAGGAUCUGUUCUUGAUAAACUACACUAAACUUCUAGAGUAGGACUCACGCAGAGCCAGGGAAGAGUAUUUCACAGUGAUUGCCUACGGCCCCUCCAAGCACCUCCGAACAUCCAACCGCAUUCAUUUGUAGGCAGUGUGGGUUAAGUGUCUUGCCCAGGGACACACGAACAAGCGACCCUCCGGGUGCAGGGGAGAAACUUGCCAUGGAUGGUGUAAAUUGGACUGCACGUUAGGGCAGUGUGAUGGCCAUAAAACUUCACAAACUGUCUCUACUGUUAGUAAGACGUGGGCAAGGGAAUCAUGUGCUUACAAAAACUGCAAAGCCUAAACGUUUGAGUGCCGAUGGCCUGUCGGAUCGAUGCCUCUAUGUGCCCUGUGGCUGUUGACCAGUCCGGGGUGUACCCCGUAGAUGAGAAUACACUAAGAAAGGGAGGUCAAAUUUGUCUGCACAUUCCAUGUAUGUGAACAGCAAGAAACCCAAAGGACCAAUGUUGCCAGGAUGGAUGGGAAGGCUUACCUCCCCAACAUGGCCACCACGUCUGUUAGCUGGGUUGCCAGACUGUGUUGGCGUAUCUACUUAAAACAAAACAAAAAAACACGAAAUCUUUUUUUUAAAUU